AUGGUAGACUCAGAGGCAUUAGAGCCCCUGGAGCUGCGGAACGUGGUGGGCGCGCUGGCCGAGUGCUGCCGGUUGGAGGAGCUGCGGCCCGAGGUGCGGCAGCUGCGCGGCCUGGCGCCCCUGGUGCUGCUGCUCACGGCCAUCGACGACUCCGUGCUGCGCGAGGUGGCGGCCGUGCUGGGGCGCUGCUCCAAGGAGCGCGAGACGGCGCUCGCCGUCGACGCCCUGGACGGAGUGCGGCUCUUGUGGUCCCUGGUGCGCAGCGUGCAGCCGGCCACCCAGAGGAACGCCGCGCAGGCGCUGUGCCCCUUCAUCGUGCACGUCAAGAACUCGGACCACUUGGUGCGCAGCAUCGUCGGCGGACUGGACUCCAUCAUGGAGCUGCUGGAUUCGCCGCACACCGAAGUGGUGGAGGCCGCUUGCGAGGUCAUAGCGCUCAUCGCCAUGAGCGCCACCAACCUGAACAUCCUCACCGACUACGGCGUGAUUCCCAUGCUGGCGCGGUUUGUCGACACUGAAGACAGGGGCCUGCGCCGGCGGCUGGCGGACGCCAUCGGCAGCUGCUGUCACUACAAGGACAACUGCCUGGAGCUGGGGCGGCUGGGGGUGAUCCCGCCGCUCGUCGGCUACCUGCGCGAGGGCGACGUGGACACGAAGCGCGCCGCGGCCGGGGCGCUGCGCCACCUGUCCACCGACGCCUUCAACUGCAUCACCAUGCACCACCACGGCGUCGUGCCGCUGCUGCUGCACACCAUCGGCUCGCCGGACCGCCCGCUGCAGGAGGCCUCGGCCGGCUGCCUCAGGAACAUCCGCAAGCUGGCGCUGUCCGCCGACAAGCGGAGGAGGGCGCGGAGGCACUGACGCCCUUCCGACCCUCGCGCUCUCGGCCGUUGCACGUGCAGUCAUUUUCAAAAAAAUAUAUUAAACAAUUAUUUGUUA